AAAGGGGAAAAGCGUAAAAGGCUGUGUCGAUCCUUCGUUUUUAUUUGAAGUUUGAGUAUAGAAGAUGGAAGGAGACGAUGUAGUCAUGGCCACUGAGGAAUCCACUGAAGCUGACCUCGAUGACAUGAAAAGAAGGUUAAGAGAGAUGGAGGAUGAAGCCGCUGCACUUCGUGAGAUGCAAGCUAAGGUCGAGAAGGAGAUGGGUUCCGUUCAAGAUCCAGCUGCUGCAGCUACGUCCCAGGCUAAUCGAGAGCUAGUAGAUUCCCGAUCAAUCUUUGUUGGCAAUGUGGAUUAUUCGUGUACACCUGAAGAAGUUCAACAUCAUUUCCAGUCUUGUGGGACUGUAAAUAGGGUUACUAUUCGAACAGAUAAGUAUGGCCAGCCAAAGGGUUACGCAUACGUGGAGUUCCUUGAAUCUGAGGCUGUUCAAGAGGCUCUUCUUUUGAAUGAAUCUGAACUUCGUGGCAGGCAGUUGAAGGUUACCACUAAGAGGACCAAUAUACCUGGGAUGAAACCAUAUCAUCCACGUCGAUCCAACCCUUUUAUGCAACCCAGGGACCCAUUUAUGGCUCCAUAUUUCUUUGCUCCCUAUGGAUAUGGGAAGGUGCCAAGGUUGAGAAUGGCAAUGCGAUACAACCCCUAUUAUUAAAUACCAUGGACCAUGGUAGUAGUUCCAGAUACUUCUGAUAACGUGGCUAGUUUAUGAGGUAUUUUUUUUACCUAUCAAUUUGGUUGAUGUGCCAAAACCAUCCAAGAAUUCUGGUCUGGUACUCUGGUUUUAUUGGUGGUGAAUUAUGCAACUAUCUUUCUUCAA